AUGCCUCACCUGCUCUGUGCCUUACUUUCACUGUUUUCCUUUGCUGCCCUACUGGAAGCUGUGCAGUGGAAACUUCAGGAAAAUGUGUAUGUCAUAGAAUCUGAGUGGAAUGCUGAAACACCAGCUACAAGAGUGGAGCUCACCUGUAACUCACCUAAUGAAGCAGUUUACUGGAAAAAGGACUCUGAAUGGAAGGGAAAAGGAAAGACUCUGAUUGCUGAAGUGAAGGAAUUCCCAGAUGCUGGAAACUACACCUGUCUGGCAGAGAAUACCCAUGAAAUCCUCAGCUAUAAUUUCUUCCUCAUAAGCAAAAUCGACUCCAAUGGACAAAUGAUAAGGUCGAUUCUGAAAAGCUUUAAAGAGCCAAAGUGGACGUUUUUAAAAUGUGAGGCAAAGAACUACUCUGGAAUUUUCAUGUGUUCAUGGAUGACAGAAAAUGAGAAUCCAAAUGUGAAGUUCACCAUCAGAAGUCUAAAAGGCCCUCAGGGAGAUGUGACCUGCAGCAGCCCUGUGGCUCACACUGAUGGAUCAGUGACCAAAUACACGUCCCAGUGCCGCAAAGAAAACUUCUGUCCCUUUGCUGAAGAGUCCCAGCCCAUUGACGUGUUCCUGGAGGUCAUUGAUGAGGUGGAAUAUGAGAACUACACCAGCAGCUUCUUCAUCAGAGAUAUCAUAAAACCUGACCCACCCCAAUGUCGGUAUGCGGCCACAAAUGGAAUGGUGACCUGGGAAUAUCCCAAAACAUGGAGCACUCCGAAGUCCUACUUCCCUUUGACUUUUAAGGUCAAAGUUAAAAGCACGAAGAAACGCAAAACCCCGGUCAUCUAUGUUACUGAUGAACAGUCAUUCCACCCUCCAAACACUGGGCCAAAGGAUGAGAUUUCCGUGCAGGCCAGGGAUCGUUAUUACCACUCAUCCUGGAGUGACUGGUCUUCACUCUGCAGGUAAGGCUUAAA